CCCCAACACUAUGCGACAAUGAAGCCACGGUUAUUCUCUACACUCAGGUGCUUGUGCCAUGAAAAUCCCCUGGGUCUUCCGCGUUCCGGCGCGCCCCCGCAAAUCCCGCGUAUGCAACGAGGACUGCCACAAAAGCGGCACAUAAGGGAUGUAAAGAAGGUGGUAGCCGUAUCAUCAGCCAAGGGCGGCGUGGGCAAGAGCACAAUUGCAGUAAAUCUAGCUCUAAGCUUUGCACGGGGUGGAUACAGAGCCGGCAUCCUCGACACGGACAUCUUCGGUCCAUCGAUCCCCACCCUCCUGAAUCUCUCCGGCGAGCCCAGACUAUCCUCCAAUAACCAGCUAAUACCGCUUUCCAACUAUGGGCUUAAGAGCAUGUCGAUGGGCUACCUCGUACCAGAAUCAUCGCCGGUGGCGUGGCGUGGGCUAAUGGUGAUGAAAGCCCUCCAGCAGCUGCUCCACGAAGUUGAUUGGGGCGGCCUCGACAUUCUCGUGCUGGACCUUCCGCCCGGUACCGGCGACGUCCAAUUGACCAUCACGCAGCAGCUAAUUCUCGACGGCGCCAUCAUCGUAUCCACGCCUCAAGACCUCUCACUCAAAGACGCUGUAAAAGGCGUCCAGUUGUUUCGCAAGGUGGACACGAAGCUCUUGGGCCUGGUGUGCAAUAUGAGCGGUUUCAAGUGUCCCGGCUGUGGAGACACACACAACAUCUUUGGCAGUAUGGACAAGAUCAGAGAUAUGUGCAAAAGGUACGAUCUGAACUUGCUGGGCGAAAUCCCUUUGCAUGCGAGCAUCUGCGAAGAUGCGGAUCGUGGGAAGCCCACCGUGGUCGCGGAACCGCUGGGGGAGAGAGCGAAGCUCUUCGGCGCGAUCGCGGACGAGGUGGCAACGUUGAUAGGAUUGGAGAAGGAGCAAUGAGGCCGACCUGCGCCUCUAGACAGUCUUCCAGGGCACUGUUGCGCAAGCUUGCGCGGAAAAGAAGCCACAUAAUUAAGAGACACUCGUCACCGUUGCAUGGCGCGACUGUUCGUUCCUGUCCUCCAGACCGACAUACAAAACCGUUGCAAUAGAGUGCUCCGCUAUAUGAGUUCCGAUCCCGCAGGCCCGAUAGCACGGCGCACCUCUAACCAGUCGUGAGAAAUCGGACUGCUUUCUUCAUCAUUGAAAGUCAGGCCGCGAAGCUUCCGAAUCUUCACAGUAGCUAGAAGCGCUGCACCCUUGAGGCGCGCAACUUCUACGUCAGCUUCCGCAUGUCUCCUUCUCUUCAUCCAAUUCCACGGCGAAAGGCAUCCGCCCCGCUUUCUCUUUCUCUAGCGCCAUUUCCGUAGCGAGUAACCGGUCA